GACGUUAAAAUCCAAAUUCCCCACAAUUCCUCACAUCUCAUUCGCCUCCUCCUGUUCCUCUGUCUCCCGUUUCCUCUUUCCCCAACUCAAAUCAUGAGCCGCAUGAUUCUGAUGCCUCUCCACAUGUGAUCAUUUGAAAGCACUGUUUUCGAUUUUUUUUUCCCUUUUUUGAUGAAACCAAUAAUCGGAAUCUGAUACUGUUCACCGCCGAGCCUGUCAUGAGACCGACUCAGCUGUCGCAGGGCACCGGAACGGCCAAUCAGGAGAAGCCGCGCCGACGGAAGCAUCUGAGCUUGCCGUUGCCGCAGCGGGACUCAUCUUUAGCGAUGCCGCUUCCUCUGCCGCCGUCCAGCACGGGAAGGUCGAGUAGUCACCAAUUGGUUUCGGGGUCAUGUCAAUCUCAGCAGCAGGUGCCAUUCGUUGAGCUCGAGCGCCUCAAUCGGAUUGGUAGCGGCAGCGGAGGCACCGUGUAUAAGGUCCGUCACCGACUCACUGGUCGUUUUUACGCGCUUAAGGUUAUAUACGGUACCCACGAGGAAUCCGUGCGCCGUCAGAUCCAUCGAGAAAUUCAGAUCCUCCGAGACGUGAAUGACCAGAACGUUGUCAAGUGCCAUGACAUGUACGAUCAUAGCGGCGAAAUCCAGGUACUUCUCGAGUUCAUGGACUGUGGCUCCUUGGAAGGGAAACGCAUCCCCAAUGAACAAUACCUGGCGGACGUAGCACGCCAGAUCCUCCGUGGCCUGGCCUACCUCCACCGCCGCCAUAUCGUCCAUAGAGAUAUCAAGCCCUCGAACCUGUUAAUCAAUUCGCAGAAGCAGGUCAAGAUUGCUGAUUUCGGUGUGGGUCGAAUUCUGGCACAAACUAUGGAUCCGUGUAAUUCAUCGGUGGGUACAAUCGCUUAUAUGAGCCCUGAGAGAAUCAAUACAGACAUCAAUGAUGGGCAAUAUGAUGCGUAUGCGGGAGAUAUAUGGAGCCUUGGAGUGAGUAUAUUAGAAUUCUACAUGGGAAAAUUCCCAUUCCCGGUGGGAAGGCAAGGAGAUUGGGCAAGCUUGAUGUGCGCAAUUUGUAUGUCUCAACCACCGGAGGCGCCGCCGACGGCGUCGAUGGAGUUCCGGGAUUUUAUAUCGCGCUGUUUACAGAGAGAUCCCUCGCGGAGGUGGACGGCUUCGCGCUUGUUGAUGCACCCAUUUAUAGCUCAGGGAACAGGACACCAGAACCAAGUUCAUCAGAAUCUUUAUCAACUUCUACCUCCGCCUUCCUAGUCCUCCGUUUUUUCUGGUUCCUCUUUACUCUUUUCCCCUCCAAUAUUUUGCUCUUGUUCUUCCACCUAAUGAUAUAUCACUUCAUGUAAUUUUUCCCCAUUAGAUGUGUUCGGACUCGAUUUGUUCGGAAAAAAAUUGGGAAAUGGAGCGCGUCCCUCUGAUUCUAAUCAACUCAAAUUUUUGUUGUUGAUUUUCACCUGGCAAGAGAAAAAAUCUGUAUUGAAUCGCUCAAAUAUCACCGCAUUCUUUUAGUUCUAUGUGUUCAAUUACAGGUUAGAAAAUAACAUCUUUAUCUGUUGUUGACUAUGGAU